AACCCGACCGUGUUUAUUCAUCGCCAGCGUCUGAGCAAGCAUGACCGAUCUUAAGCCGGCCACGAGUUACACGAGCACCUCGCUCCACGAAGCCGUCAAACUUCGCUUGGACGAAGGAGGAGACUUUUCGCAGAGCAUCAAGCCCCAGACGAUACCACACUUUUUUGCCGAGGUCUGCGAUAAGUAUCCUGAACUGCCCGCCCUGACAUGGGAGACCCCUGGAGCGGGAGUCGACGGCUGGACCACCCUGAACUACCGCGAAUAUCAGGAAAACGUAGAACAGGCCGCAUUGAUGCUGCUGAGUGUUGGCCUCACGGAACGUAGCUCGGUGGGCAUCCUGGCCUUCAACUGCCCAGAGUGGUUCUUCGCCGAGCUCGGCACCCUGCGUGCUGGAGCCGUGGUGGCUGGCAUUUAUCCCAGCAACUCGGCAGAGGCAGUGCAUCAUGUCUUGGUCACCAGCGAGUCCAGCGUCUGCAUCGUGGAUGAUGCCCAGCAAAUGGCCAAAGUAAGGGCCAUCAAGGAUAGGCUUCCCCUGCUCCAGGCAGUCAUCCAAAUCCAUGGACCCUUCGAGGCCUUUGUUGACCAAGAACCGGGCUACUACAGCUGGCAAAAGCUGCAGGAGAAGACCUACCCCAGUGACCUCAAGGAAGAGCUGCUCUCCCGGGAGAGCCGCGUCUGCCCCAACGAGUGUGCGAUGCUGAUUUUCACGUCCGGAACUGUGGGACUGCCCAAAGCAGUGAUGCUAUCCCACGACAAUAUUGUUUUCGACACCAAGGCCGCUGCAAAAAUGCUGAAAGAUGUCCAGAUCGGCAAGGAAAGUUUCGUCAGCUACUUGCCUCUCAGUCACGUGGCUGCCCAGAUCUUCGAUAUAUUCCUGGGGCUGUCGCACGCCGGCUGUGUCACUUUCGCGGAUAAGGAUGCCCUCAAGGGCACACUGAUCAAAACCUUCCGGAAGGCGAGGCCCACAAAGAUGUUCGGAGUGCCGCGUGUGUUUGAGAAGCUCCAGGAGCGAUUGGUGGCAGCUGAAGCCAAGGCCAAGCCCUAUUCCCGGCUUCUGCUGGCUCAGGCUCGGGCGGCAGUAAGUGAGCACCAGAAUACAAUAAUGGCGGGGAAAACCCCUUCCAUCUACGGAAGCGCUAAAUACUGGGUAGCCUCCCGCGUUAUAAAACCCAUCCGCCAGAUGAUGGGUCUGGAUAAUUGUCGUGUGUUUCUGACUGGCGGUGCCCCAACGUCCGAUGAGAUGAAGGAGUUCUUUCUGGGCUUGGACAUUGCGCUCGGCGAGUGCUAUGGAAUGUCCGAGAGUGCCGGAGCCAUCACUUUGAAUGUGGAUAUAAACAACUUGUACAGCGCGGGCCGAGCCGUUGAUGGACUAAAUCUGAAGGUCCUGGACCCCGACUGCAAUGGCCAGGGCGAGAUUGUGAUGCGGGGACGCAGUAACUUCAUGGGCUACCUGGGACUUCCCGAAAAGACUGAAGAGGCCAUCAAGGAGGAUGGAUGGCUGCGCUCCGGCGAUCUGGGCUACAUUGAUCCAAAGGGCAACCUUGUGAUUUCGGGCAGACUCAAGGAGCUGAUUAUCACGGCAGGGGGCGAGAAUAUUCCUCCCGUGCACAUCGAGGAACUUAUCAAAAAAGAGCUGCCCUGCGUGAGCAACGCUCUUCUGAUCGGAGACCAUCGCAAGUACUUGACCGUUCUUCUGGCCCUAAAGACAAAGUCCGAUCCCAAGACAGGAGUUCCCUUGGAUGCACUACGAGAGGAAACUAUUGAGUGGCUUCGUCCACUGGACAUUCACCAGACGCGUCUCUCCGACCUCCUUGCCAUUCCCGCAGACCUGCAAGUCACAAAUGAUUCGGCGGUUCAGGCUGCCGCCCUUGAGAUUACUGCCGAGCCGAAGCUCCUGGAGGCUCUGGAGGAAGGUAUCAAACGGGCCAACAAGAAUGCCAUCUCGAAUGCACAGAGAGUGCAGAAGUUUGCCCUUAUUCCCCACGAAUUCUCCCUGGCCACCGGAGAGCUGGGACCCACGCUCAAAAUCCGGCGAAAUAUUGUCCACGCGAAGUAUGCCCAAGUCAUCGAGCGCCUCUACAAGUGAGUGCUCCGGGUUCAACGCUUUCAUUAUAGCCUAGGUUAGAUUUAUUAUACAAACUUCGAUCUAUUUAAGCUUACAUUGUAAUCAUAUUACAUUUUUAGAAAUUCCAAUACAUUUGUUUUUUAAUAUCGCCUAAA